AUGGCGACCGCCUCGCCAGUUACGCCCGAAACCCUCGUCACCCUCAAGGUGACUGUGGACGGCGUUCCUCGCCGGUUCAAGCUGCCCCUCCGCGAUGUAGGCGUCAACGUGCUCGAGGGCAAGCUGCGAGCUAUCCUCGAAAUUCCCCACGACGCCGAAGCUGUCAUCGAACGCUACUCCGACUCGGCCGCAGCUUACGUGGUCUUGGACCAAGCCAAUUCAGCUGUCUACAAGCAACUUUACCGUGCCGCCAAGGCAAAGCAGAAGCUCAAGCUCCGUAUCACCACCAACAAGAGCCCAGUCGAAGAGACUACAGGCCCCGAGCCGCCCUCGGUAGAGGGCGAGGCCAGCGAUGCCAAUGCCCCGGCCCUUGUGCCUACUGACAGUGAGCGGGAACCUGAGCCGCCCGUUACCAAGACCUCCGCCACUCCGCUUCCGGAGCAAGUACCCAGGGAAGCUGCUCAUGCGACCUACACGCCUCUCGAAGACAUUGCGGCUUUGGUUCCGAGAGAGCUCCGCCCUGCGACCAAGGAAGAGUGUCCCCGGCCGGCGCUCCAGAAUACCUCACAGCAGACCGCAUCGCCUUCGACUGUCCCUCGCUGCCCGGUUCUUCGGGGCAACUACGCCGUUUGCUGCAAUAGCUGUGACCGGACCAUCCCAGGGGCCCAUUAUCACUGCUCUACCUGCGACGACGGCGACUUUGAUCUUUGCCAGGGGUGCGUCGACCGGGGUAUCACAUGCAAAGGUUCCAACCACUGGCUUAUCAAGAGAUACGUCAUGAAUGGUAGCAUCGUCAACAGCACCACGGAGCGCCUCGCUCCUAAGCAGAAACAGAAGCCACAGCCUGUCGAGGCACCGGCUCCUGCACCUGAAUCUGCACCUGCCCCUGCCCCGGCAUCCCUUGCCCCCGAGAGGAUCAUCCCUGUCUUCAACGACUUCCUGUACUCGAGCAUCCGCACAUGCAACUGCUGUGUACAGGAGUUCCCCGAAGUAGAAUUUGUUCACUGCACGACGUGCGAGGACUACGACCUCUGCAGGGCCUGCUUCGCCAAAAACCGUCACGGUCACCAUCCCAGGCACGCCUUUGUGCCGGCUGUUGAGGGCACUAGGCUGGAGCCUGAGGUGGCUCGCCGCCUCGCAGCCGGCCGUGGCCAACCUCACCAUGCCAUCUGCGACGGCUGUGACAAGAACAUUACCGGCAUACGCCAUAAGUGCCUGGAUUGCCCUGAUUGGGAUUAUUGCUCCGGCUGCGUGGUGAACGCCGCGCUCAUCCACCCUAACCACCGCUUCGUCCCCAUUUAUGAGCCGCUGGAGUAUAGCCAGAACGUUCGAAUCCGGCUCGCGAUGCGGCCCGUCCAUCCCGGAAUCUGCUGCGACGGUCCUCUAUGCCGGAAUUCCCGUGCCACGUCUACUUAUAUCGUUGGUGACCGCUACAAGUGUGCCGUGUGCAAUGACACUGAUUUCUGCGAGUCCUGUGAAGCGAGUCCUGUCAAUACCCACAACCGCACUCAUCCUCUCAUCAAGUUCAAAACGCCCGUCCGCCACGUGAGCGUUACCACCACUGGCGAAAACGAAAAGGGCCGCCUACUGCCCACCAUGGGUGACCGCGCUCGGCUUCGCCCGCCUGUCUCUGAUUCCCAGCCUCUCAAGGCAGGCCUCUCGCCUGGUUUCCUCACCAAUGUUCAGACCGUUGUCGACGUUAAGCCCUCAGAGCCAUCUGUUCCGGUCAAGGCCGAACAGGACGAAGUUAAGGUGAAGCGGGAAGAGGUCGAAGAGAAGCUACUGGCUGCUGUAGGGCCCGUCGCUGCUAACAAGCUCGACGCCGCCUAUGUGCGAGACACUGUAGCGGAUGGCACGGUCUUUGGACCCGACCAUAUCUUUGAGCAGACCUGGACCCUUCGCAAUAAUGGCGAAGUCCCGUGGCCGGCGGGCUGCUCUGUCAAGUUCGUUGGCGGCGAUUACAUGGGACACCUCGACUCCAACCAUCCUGCAGCCACCCGGGACGUUGAGUUCUCUUGCGAGUCCACCAUCUGCUACUCGUCCGUGCUUCCUGGCGAGGAGUUUAACUUCACCGUCCUUCUCAGGACUCCCCACCGCAGCGGCCGAUUUGUCUCAAACUGGCGGCUCACUACCAAGGACGGCAACAAGUUUGGCCAUCGCCUCUGGUGCGAUGUUGUCGUCGGGAAACCCAAGGUGGUCCUCCCCCCUCCUGUGGCUGCCGAGCCGGUGGAGCCGGCCGAGAAGGAAGAAGCUGCCAAGGCUGAACCGGAGGUUGAGCCUCAGCACAGCCAGAUGAUCUUCCCCAAGCUGGAGAAGGAAUCGCCUGUUGCCAGUGUUCACGAGGAGAGCAAGGCUGAGUCCUCUACCCAGGAUGAGAACUUCGAGGAUUGCGAGGAUGAUGAGUGGAACGAGGAUGACUCGGAGGAGGGCUUCUUGACGGAUGAAGAGUACGACAUCCUCGAUGCCUCCGACGAGGAGUUCCUCCUCGAGGGCCGCCCCAAGCAAAAAUGA